GGGAAAGAACAUGAAAUAGACAACUUUUGAUAAUAAUAUAGAUAGGUAGUCGUUUUAUUUUCAACGGGUUCAUCCGACGUGGUAACUCAAAUAAACAAACUCAAACGUGGCGAAUUCUGAUUGGAUAACGACACCUAUGCCGGGCGAUGACGUGUCUCUCCGUUCUCAUUCAAAUAGUUCGUUCUACAUAGCGCUUCUGCAGAUUCCGGCACCGGCAGAAUUUUUCAGGAAGGAGGACAAAUCGGUAAAAUGGCGAUUCAGCUACAUAGGAGAUCUAUUUCAAUUGUUGCAGUUGCUUUUUUAUUUGUAUUACCAGCUGCUUUUUGCAUCGAUGAUAAAUGUUCUGCUUGCUCCGCUAUUGCUGAGGAGCUAGAGCAUGGACUGUUGAAAGAAAAGCCAAGAAACCAUUUAGACAUGAGACAUCGCCUGGAUUCUAAAGGUCAGCGUGAAGGGAAACUUAUUGAUUACAGAGUCAGUGAGCUGAGAGUUGUUGAACUCUUAGACGGCCUCUGUGAAAAGAUGCAAGAUUAUACACUGGAGAAGGUGGAUUCAAACACAAAAACUUGGAUCAAAGUAGAUGACUGGGACAAUCUCAAGACUAAUAAGCAAGAAGCUCGAGCACAUUCAAAAGCUAUGUCAUCCUUCUGUGGAAGGUUACUCGAGCAAACUGAAGAUGAGUUAGCAGAACUGAUAAAGAAAGGAUCUGUCAAAGUUGGAGAUGUAACCAAGGUAUUAUGUGAAGAUCUAAGCAAGUAUUGCAACGGGACAAGCGGUUCCAAUAAGGCAGUACAUGAAGAGGACGAAGAUACAGACCGAGAACUUUGACUUGAUCAAUUGUUUUAUAUCCUGACUGGUUGAUAGGGUAAAGAAAGAAGAUUGUCCCUCUCUUAAACCAGGAAAGCAGAUUAUUUCGAUAGAAGUAGAAGCAGUUUUUUACGUGUCCUAUGUCAUCUUCUGCUAUCUUUACGUAAUACAACAUGCAUGUUCUUCCCUCCUUUUUGUUGGACCAUGUAUCAGGCAUCACAAGUUGUACUCGAGGUUAACUAAUUUUAUCGAUGAACAACAUCUAUAUUAUCGUCCUUUUUGUUGGACCAUGUAUCAGGAAUCGCAAGUUGUUCUCGAGGUUAACUAAUUUUAUCGAUGGACAAUAUUUAUAUUA